UAAGGACGCAUGCGCGCGCGUCGCCGCUUAGCGCAGCCCUGUUGUUUCCACAACGCCUCCUGGAGAAAGAACAAGGAAGGAUGAAGGGGAGGCCUGGCUAAGCUGUCAUCCCCCAGGGAAACCGUCUUUGUAUGGCAGCCUAACUUGUCAAGGAAUUGGCCUAGAUGGCAUUCCAGAGGUUACAGCUUCAGAAGGAUUUAUUGUGAAUGAAAUAAGCAAGGUAUUUUGACACAGCUUGGGUGCUGACUUCUUUCGUCCCUUCAUACUCAGACCUGGAUACAGUCCUUAUCACUUCAAACAUGGUUGCUAAUUUUUGCUGUGAACCUGCUGGGUGGGUUCAGACAAAAAGCAUUCAUAUUUCAUGUCCAAAGGAAAGUACAUCUUCUAAGUUUUUGGCACCAUAUACUACUUUUUCCAGAAUUCAUACAAAGAGUAUAACAUGCCUGGACAUUUCCAGUGGAGGAGGUCUUGGUGUGUCUUCUAGUACUGAUGGAACCAUGAAAAUCUGGCAGGCUUCCAAUGGAGAACUCAGAAGAGUAUUGGAAGGACAUGUGUUUGAUGUGAAUUGUUGCAGGUUUUUCCCCUCAGGCCUUGUGGUUCUGAGUGGGGGAAUGGAUGCCCAGCUGAAGAUAUGGUCAGCUGAAGAUGCUAGCUGCGUGGUGACCUUCAAAGGUCACAAAGGAGGUAUCCUGGAUACAGCCAUCGUUGAUCGGGGGAGGAAUGUGGUAUCUGGUUCUCGAGAUGGGACGGCACGACUUUGGGAUUGUGGGCGCUCAGCCUGCUUGGGAGUCCUUGCAGACUGUGGCUCUUCCAUCAAUGGAGUGGCAGUGGGUGCUGCUGACAACUCCAUAAACCUUGGCUCUCCUGAGCAGAUGCCCAGUGAACGGGAGGUUGGAACAGAGGCAAAAAUGCUGCUGUUGGCCCGGGAAGAUAAGAAACUUCAGUGCUUGGGACUACAGAGCAGGCAGCCGGUGUUCCUCUUUAUUGGCUCAGAUGCUUUCAACUGCUGUACUUUUCUCUCUGGCUUCUUGCUAUUGGCUGGGACUCAAGAUGGAAACAUUUAUCAGCUGGAUGUGAGGAGUCCAAGGGCUCCAGUACAAAUCAUCCACAGAUCAGGAGCACCAGUCCUAUCCCUGCUAAGUUUCAGAGAUGGAUUCAUUGCUAGCCAAGGUGAUGGAAGCUGUUUUAUUGUCCAGCAGGACUUAGACUAUGUCAUUGAGCUCACUGGGGCUGACUGUGACCCUGUGUACAAGGUAGCCACAUGGGAGAAACAGAUCUACUCAUGCUGUCGAGACAGUCUUGUACGACGCUACCAGCUUUCUGACCUCUGAACUCUUGGAAAGAGCAGUCCCAGUUAGUGAAAAGGUUUGACCCUGAUCAACAGUGAGCAGAAACAUCAUCAGUCCUAAUGUCUUGGGCACCCCUUGGAAAUCACAGAAAGUCAGCUAUACUGGCUGUAUGGAACUCAUCCCAGGACCUACUUUGAACUGAGUAAGAAGCUCACCUGUGCCCACUGCAUUUGUCCCAACUUCUCCUUGUAUAAACUCACCCCAGCAACCAACACAGGGCAAGGAUAUAGAUGCUUCUAGUUUGUUCUCAAACCAAUUGUGUUAAAUGUUUACGGGACCUCAGUACUAAAGCCUGUUUUCUGGAGGAAAUAAAGAAAAUAUGUUUGGAAGUGCCUGAAUAUG